CCCAGAUCGACACAUAUUCUUUGCUGGGUUCUCAAGAAUCAAUGCCUACAUCUGAAUGAUGAUAUUUCCGCAAGCUCAUUACCAACGACUCUCAUGGCAACCGACGAAGCCAUUGCAGCCGGUCUCGUCGACUGGGUCAACAGUCUGGCCGUCGCGGAACCCGUCUAUACGGCAGACGACUUGAGCAACGGAGACAUAGUGUGGAGGGUUCUCCAACAGAUCGACCGGUUCAGCUUUCCUGGUAAGUUGCCAGAAAGCCCCGAUACAGAGCAAUGGAUACACAAAUGGACAAACCUCAAACAUAUUUACGAUGCGCUUUCUAUCUUUCUCACAGAAGAAUGCGGCCAAAGACUCCCAUUUCCAAAUGGCCGACCGGAUCUCAAAGCUAUCGCCCAAUCCUCUUCUCUACCCGAUACGAUCGCCCUCCUGAAACUACUUGUCGUUGCAGCCAUCAAUUGCGCAGACCGCAUUGAAUACUUGAAGCAGAUGCAAGAGCUGACCGAAUCGACACAAGAGGUUCUUAUGCAGACUGUCCAAGAAGCAGGCGAGGAUGAAAGCGGAACCGAUGAAGCCGAUCUUCCAGAUGCAGACCCAGCAGCAAGACAUGAUGAAAUACCCACGUCGCCACGUCGAUCCGGGGAGAUGGAAUCGGUGCUGGAGUCAGAGGAACGACUGGGUAAAGUGAUUGCUGAUAACCAAAGGAUAGCACACGAAAAGAGGGAAUUACAGAAACAACUCGACGAACAUCAUAUGCGGUAUGAGAAGUUGCAGGAACGUUUUGACCAGGUCCAGGACGAACUGAAAGAGACUGGCGACCGGCUCACAGCUGUUCUUGCGGGUCGAUCGGACUCGUCUACCCGACCACUAGACUCGAAGCACGACACUCUUAUUGCUACUCUCGAGAACCGAGUACUGGAAGCGGAGGCAGAAGUCGAGGAACUUCGCAAGUUUAAUGAAGUGCUGAAGAUCAAGGCGGAAAAGGCCCAGAAAUUACAGGACGACUACGAUGAAAUGAAGAUUGACAGAGAUAAGCUUGCCCGAAAAGCGAACACAGCAGAAAAGUAUCGACAAAAGCUCGAGGCCAGUCAAGAUCUCGAAAAGGACAAUGCGUCCCUCCGGACCAAAGUAACAGAAUUGCAAAAUCAACUUAAGCAGUCGGAUUUUGCCCGUGCAAGUUCAGGCGACCUGGCAAGGGAAAUUGACGAAUAUAGGCGGUUACUCCCGAGCAUUGAGCAGGAACGGUACGAAUUGAACGAGAUGAAAAAACGCCUAGAAUUCGACUACCACGCCUUGGAAGCGCGUUACCAGGACACAGUGGAACAGUUAUCUCGACAGCAAAAGGAGGUCGAAGAACUACAGAGUCAGCUUCAGGACUAUGACGAUGGCAUUACUCCUACCACAAACAAUCGGUCUCCCAUGAGUCCAGUCGACAAAGACAUUGAAAAGGAAGAGGCAGAGUUUCAAGAGUCAGAAGCUCGACUUGCUGCUGCUCUGCUUAACGGCGAUGCUUCUUCCGCUCCUGCGGAGGAUUCUGGCCUUACACUUCCGGUUGAAACCAGUUCUGCUUCUGGACUCGGCAUCGACCUUACCAGCGACGUCGAAGGUAUUUCUGAGGAUGAGCUCAAGGCCAUCAUGGCUGCGAUGCGAGCCCAGGCACAGGCGGGCACAGCAACUGAAAGAGAAUCUUCUCUCCGUGCACAGAAAAAACUUAUCGUCACUGUUGAGCGUCAGAGGAACAAAAACAGAACACUGCUCGAGCAUGUACAGAAACAGGACCAAAUGAUCAAGGAUAUGCAAAAACAGAUCGCCGAGGAGCAGACCAGUCAAAAACGAAAGGAAGAUGUGCCACCCACUCCACCCCCGAAGGACGACGCUUCCCCUGCCUCCAAACCUCGAGUCGAGCCCGGCGACGAAGAAUCCGAAAUCGAACAUCUAAUGAAUCAUAACACGAUUCUUCAGCGCGAACUAAAACUCGUGGCUUCAGCUUGGCAUGAGCAGAACGUUCGGCUGGCUAGCAUGAGCUCAGCUGCAGCAGGGCGAAGUCGAGGUUUAGGUGGUGGAAAUGAGCCUAGGGGGUUUCUGGGUCGACAGAGACGCAAAGUUGAUGCUGUCGCUUUUGCUCGAUAACGAGCAAGGGAAUUCCCGCGAGAGACGGAACACGAGCAGAAACUCAAAUUAUGAAGCCAUGAUAUCUUUGUAUAAGGUCCAAGGCCUUCCAUUUCAUUUUGGACAAAACCACUAGAGCUAUCCGAAACUACGCGCAGCAAAUGGUGCGUUCACUCAACCUGAAAAUACUGCCAUUUGGACCAGAGGCCCCUUGACGAGGAAGAGGUUGCAUGUAUAAUGCGAUGAAUGAACCUUUCUAGCUUCCAGGUGCAUUUUCGCCAAGUACUCCCUUGAUAUUUCGGCUGUCGAGGCUGUAAGCUGGAGGCAUUCAUAUAGCGAUAUUUGCGAUCCGCAUCGGAGGUCGCAGAUGGACCUAUUUAACUCGUCCACUAGAGAUGAACGUCGGGCAAAAACCAUCCGAUGUGCCAUUGGGACGAAAUGAGACAUGAUGACUUUGCUUGACUCGUGCCUGUCCUUGAUCAGAAUGUGUGGAAGCAAGUGCGGGUGUACAGUGCGGCGUACAGUGCGAUGUACUGUAGGUUCAUUGUGUACGAGUAGUCCAGCAUAUGGAGUUGGUCAUCGCAAGCCCCAAGCUUCUC